AUUAGGGAAAACAUCGGACCGAGAUUUCCCCCACAGUGGAAAUCGAACACUUUGUUUUGACAGAAUAAUAGAGACUUUUCCGAAGCACGAACCAGAUUCAACUCGUUUCCAGUUUUUCCCUGAUUGAUGGGGAGGUGUUCAAUUGAUUGAUUGGUUUAAAAUCGAUUCAACCGAUUACGGGUUAAUGUUGCUGGAAGUUCUGACCAAAUAACAUCUGUGUGAAUGAAGGCGUAGAUCGCAGUCCCGUGUACUUUUAUUGCUUCUACUAUUCACCAUUCGCUGUGGAAAAAAUGGCCUCCGGUGAAAAUCUUAUGUGAAGAGUGAUUGAUUCAAGUGUUCAUAUAGUCGCAAAUUAUAAAAAUAUGGCAAACAAACCGCCUCAGGAUACCUCCGGUCUGGGUUACUCGUACGUGACCCCCGGUGGAAUGUUCCUGAGAUUGCGGAACUCCCUCUCACAGUUCAGUGAUUUGUUCAGCGAGUUUAACAAGUACAUCGCCCCUGCCUACCAUCACGAUCGCUGUGAACGGUCCGUCCAUAUGCGUCUGUAUUCGAUGAACAAGCGAGAGUUCGUAGUGGUUUUUCUAGCGUUUUUCGCUUGUUUCGGGUUGGGAAUUUUCAUCGGUUUGGCUGGUCCGCCUAUUACGUUGACCACCAUGGUGACCGGGAGUUCACUGAUGCCGAACUCCAGCGGUUCUAAUGCGGACUACUUGGCCACCGGGCCAUUCGUGAUGCGAACUCCAUUGAUGACCACUUAUUCGCAGCAGCUGUGGUUAAUUGCGAACAUCGAAACGGACAACACCGAUGAUGAGAUAUUCGACAAAAGUUUCCAUGUUAGUGUUGGGAUCGAUGGUCUCACGGUUGAGCACAAACCGGUUACAGUGUUGAGUGUGGAUCAGAGCAAAAAUCGGACGCGCCAUCUGACCUGCUCACGUGACUCAUGUGAGGAAUUCAUCGUGAUGCAUCUGGGCUUUUUGGAUUAUGCCCAUUACAUCCUGACGGUGCGGUUCUAUGGGUUGGAAGGAUUUCAUCAUCGAUACAACAUAAACAGUGUGCUAUUCUACUUCAAAACCUAUAAUCCUGCAUUCACCCAGAUUGAGAUAUGGUUUCGAUUCAUAUUUUUGCUGUUCACGUUUAUCGUCACAUGCUGGUUCGCACACACGCUUCGGAAGUAUCCUAUCUACGAUUGGUCAAUAGAGCAGAAGUGGAUGUCUGUUUUGUUGCCGCUGUUGGUGCUCUAUAAUAACCCACUAUUCCCCUUGAUAUUUCUGAUGGGUAGCUGGAUACCGGGAAUGUUGGACGCUAUCCUACAAGCUACCUUCCUGUGUGCAUUGCUCCUAUUUUGGUUGUGCAUUUACCACGGUCUGCGGCAAAAUGAAAGGAAACUGCUCACAUUCUACGUGCCGAAGCUGAUAGUAAUUAUGCCCAUAUGGUUGUGUGCCGUUGUGUUGGCUACUUGGGAAAAAUGCAACGAGAUGAAGGAUCCAACGUAUAGCCAUUUUGUGGAUACUGGAAACUAUAACGGAUUUAAAAUGUUCUUCUACAUUUCGGGUGCCAUGUACUUGCUCUACUUGGUUUUGUUGAUCCUACGAGCCUACAGCGAACUCCGGUCGAUGCCCUAUUUCGACAUGCGCCUCAAAUUUCUCACGCUUCUAAUGCUGUUUGUGCUGGCCAUCUCACUUACGGUUACCAUGUGUCGCUUCGGGUUCGGGAUUCUGGAGGAUAAUUUCGUCGCUAAGCUGAACACAACGUACAAAAGUUCAGCUCAAUUCAUGUGCUUCUAUGGAUUGCUGAAUUUCUACUUGUAUACGAUGGCCUAUGUGUACUCCCCCAAUGGGCGUCCAUUGCACGAAGCCACCAUCACAAAAGACAACCCGGCAUUUUCGAUGAUCAACGAUUCAGACGAGGAGGUGGUGUAUGGAUCUGACGAGGAGAGCCGUCGUCCACUGAACUCGGCACAUGGCAAAGGAAACGACUACGAUAGCGAUUAGAAGCGACUCCCCCCAGGGUCUUCCGGAUCUUCUGUGCCGUCGUCGUCGUCGAUUCCUGCGACGAUCAUGACUAGUACGAUAACAAUGGUCUCAGAUAGGAUUGUUAGAACUGUGUCCGUACAAAACAAGAAAACUGUGUGCUAUGACUGAAGUAAAUAUAUAAUUGAUGGACUUGAGAGUGAGGUAUGUAAGUACUAGGGACCGGAAAGCGGUGAAGACGUUCCCGUUCCGUUCGGAGCAUUGGGGCGUUAUGGUAAGAGAUAAAUAUAGGCAUAUCUUUUCCACUUCUUGGAUCAGUUCGGUGUUUCGAUGCCGUAGUGUUAUAAAAUAAAACAGAGUACGUGUUUAGAUGGUAUUUGUUCUGUUUAAGAUUUUUGUUGUAAGUCCUAAGGAAAAACCUUUUCGCGUCAUUCCAAAUAAAUGAAUACUAGACUAUACGUUAGAAUCCCGUGUUAGAUCAAUUACAAAGUAAAACUUAAGCAAAUAGAUUAUUUUCCUCAACAUUAUGUUCAUCUUGAGAAUUCUAAAUCAAGCCAUUUCCAACCACGUUAGUUGUAUUCGUAUAUCAGGAUAGCCAUAUAUUAAAAUAGUUAGAGAUUUACAAUCUAAAUAGAUAACAAGCUAAGCAGUGGAGUAUCUAACUGCUGAAUAAAAAAAAGUUGUGUGUGAACAUAUUGAAACAAUGAAUGGAAUAUUAACAUCAUCUAAACUAAUAGGCAUAAAAGCCCCAAAGAAAAAUAAGAUAGCGAUAACCGAUGUGACAAACAACUGGAAAUGACAAAUAAAAUAUUUAUACUUGA